UACCAUUUUAAUAAUAGUUUAGUUUUUAUUAAUCCUUAAGUUUCAACAACUAUGCAGGUACUGAUCAGUAAACUGAGAUUUUUCAUUAAAAUAAGAGAUAAAAUAACAUAAAAAAACAAAACAUUGUUUUGUCUUGAAAUAUAGACAGAAGUUAUUAUAUUCAUUGAGACAGGAAAUCUAGGAUUAUAAAGGUGGCAGGUUAGAGAUUGGUGCUUACAAAUUUGCACCACUUACUUCAAUUAAGUUACAGGUUGUGAAACAAAAGGAGACAAGAUGCUUAAAGAGCCACUGCUUGGGCGGCGGCAGCAACAGGAAGAAGAAGAAGUAGAAACUUCUGCUGCUUCUUCUUCUUCUUCUCUUAUCAGAUUCUUGUACGUUGGUCACUUCUUAGCGAGAUGGGAUGCCAGAAUGUGGGAAUUUUUAGUUGGCCUAUACAUGAUCACCCUGUGGCCAGAUUCUUUAAUUCUUGCUGCUAUUUAUGGAGCUGUUGAAUCUAUUUCUAUUGCCUUAUUCGGCCCCAUUAUCGGACAAUGGGUGGAGAGAUUGCCUUAUGUUAAGGUUCUCAGAAUUUGGUUGCUGACUCAGAACCUUUCAUUCAUAAUUGCUGGAAGCACAGUAAUUUCAUUAAUAGUGUUUUCGACAUUGAAGUCGACGAAUUUUACAGCAUUCGUCAUACUUGUGAUAGUAACCAACAUCUCCGGAGCUGUUGGUGUGCUCUCCACUCUUGCCGGUACCAUCUUAAUUGAAAGAGAAUGGGUGGUGGUGAUAUCACAAGGCCAUCCUCCAAGUACACUAACAAAGAUGAAUUCAAUUAUCAGAAGAAUUGAUUUAACCUGCAAGCUUUUUGCGCCAGUUGUGAGCGGCUUCAUAAUCAGUUUCGUUUCUGUUAAAGCCUCUGCUAUGACUCUAGCAAUCUGGAAUUGUGGAGCAGUUUGGAUUGAGUAUUGGCUUUUCACAUCUGUAUACAAAGGCAUUCCAGCUUUAGGCGAAAUUAGCUAUAGAAAAAUAUCGAGAUGUUUACCUCGUGAUCUCGAAGAAAGCUCAUCUCUUUCAAGUGAAAGAGUGAACCUACUUUCUGAAAAUGAGGAAAAUUUAGCACUUGAGGAUGAAGGUUGGAGAAGGAAAUUAGCUAAAUGGAUUGCGACGGUGCCUUUUUUUGGCGCCUGGAGUGUGUAUUUACAGCAAGAUGUUGUGCUUCCUGGGGUUGCUCUGGCUUUACUGUACUUCACAGUCCUCAGUAUCCACUUAUCCAAAUUAAGCUUUGGCACCUUGAUGACAGCUACCUUACGGUGGGAAGGUAUACCUGCAUUUGUGAUUGGAAUAACACGAGGAUUAAGUGCUUUGAUCGGUAUAGCUGCAACAAUUGUGUAUCCCAUCUUGCAAUCCCAUAUUUUAACUCUCCGAACCGGACUCUGGUCAAUUUGGUAUCAGUGGACCUGCCUUUUAGUAUGUGUUGCUUCAAUAUGGAUGCAAAAUAAUGUUUUAUCAGCUUAUAUGCUGAUGGCUGGAGUGGCUACAUCUCGGCUUGGCUUGUGGAUGUUUGAUUUAUCUGUCAUUCAACAAAUGCAGGAUCAAGUCCCUGAAUCUGAUCGUUGCAUAACGGGAGGUGUUCAGAACUCGCUUCAGUCCACUAUGGACUUAUUAGGCUAUGUUAUGGGAAUAAUCAUAUCAAAUCCACAGGAUUUCUGGAAGUUGAAUUUAAUGUCUUUUGCAGCAGUAACACUGGCAGCAUUACUCUACAGUAUACAUAUUUACCGAGUUAGGAAACACUUAUUCCACUUCGAGAAGCUGUUUACGUUGGUUAAAAUGAUGAUAGGAUCAACUGAAACUGUGGAGUCUGAAUCAAAUUCACCAUCUUGAUAUUGAAAUUUUAACUAGGAUAGCUUCACUUGAGAUGGAAAAUGGUGAUUUGUCGGCCUUUCCUCUCGUCUGUUCAUAGUUUUUCUUCUCUCGUCAUUCAUAGUAUUUUUAUUUUAUGUGGUUUUCUUGUAUUCUGAGGCUGUUAUUUCAGCUUUUAACGUGUAAGUACUUAAUUUGAUUAAGUAUUCUUAGCAUUUGUUCAAUCUUCGGAUUGGAAUUUUUUGAUGAAGGUUCUCUAAUCAUAUCAUUGAAAUAUGUAUAGAACAGAGCACGUUGAAAAUGGACGUUUUAAGGGUGUA